AUGGCGAUUGACUUUCCAAAGGAAGAAGAGGUCUUCCUCAAGCGAUGGAAGGAAAUUGGUGCUUUUGAGAGACAGGUCGAACUGUCUCGAGGAAGAACCCCGUAUACGUUCUAUGAUGGACCGCCCUUUGCGACAGGACUUCCACAUUACGGCCACCUGUUAGCGUCUACUAUAAAAGACAUCAUUCCAAGAUAUUGGUCUAUGAAGGGACGUUAUGUCGAACGACGAUUUGGUUGGGAUACUCAUGGAGUUCCGAUCGAAUACGAAAUCGACAAAACCCUGGGCAUGUCUGGAUCCGAAGCGGUGGAAAAACUAGGUCUGGGAAAAUACAAUGCAGAGUGCAGGGCGGUUGUCAUGAGGUUUGCUGCAGAAUGGAGGCAGACUAUUGAUAGGCUUGGUCGCUGGAUCGAUUUUGACAAUGAUUACAAGUUAUUCGACAAAGGGGUGAUCUAUCGUGGUUACAGAGUCAUGCCUUACUCUACAGCUCUUAACACCCCAUUGAGUAACUUUGAGGCACAACAAAAUUAUAAAGAUGUACAGGAUCCUGCAAUAGUCGUCUCAUUCCCGCUCCUCGACGAUCCGCAAACAAAGCUCCUCGCCUGGACAACUACGCCGUGGACUUUGCCAUCGCAUACAUCGCUUGCAGCACAUCCCGAUUUUGAAUACGUUAAGAUCCAUGAUGUUGUGUCCGGAAGUAAUUAUAUACUCAUCGAGGCCUUGCUCAAGACUCUAUAUAAAGACCUUAAAAAGGCGAAAUACCAAGUUCUCGAGCGCUUCAAGGGAUCAGCUAUGAAAGGAUGGAGAUACCAACCUCUUUUUGACUAUUUCUAUGAAGAGUUUCAAGGACUUCAUCAAGCUCCAGCGUUCGGCGAAGAAGAUUACAACGUGGCUGUUGAGAAUGGCAUCAUUACUGAUACGCGGUUGCCGCCAAACCCGGUCGACGAGAGAGGCUUUUUUACCUCAGAGGUUCGAGAUUUUGCUGGUCAACAUGUCAAAGCAGCAGAUAAAGCGAUUGUAAAACACCUGAAAGCAGCUGGGCGCCUUGUCGUGGAUGCCCAGAUCACGCAUAGCUAUCCAUUCUGCUGGAGAUCUGAUACUCCUUUGAUCUAUAGAGCAGUGCCUUCGUGGUUCGUCAAAAUAGGUCCCAUUAUUCCCCCAAAUGCUUCAAGGGAUAGAGGGAGUCUUAUUGGGUCCCUUCCUUUGUCAAAGACAAACGAUUCGCAAGUUGGAUUGCGAAUGCAAGGGAUUGGAACAUUUCGAGAAAUCGAUACUGGGGAACUCCGAUUCCAUUCUAUUGGCAGCGUUGAGGAGCUCAGACAGCUCAGUGGAUAUACUGGUGAACUCACCGACCUCCAUCGCGAUAAGAUUGACCACAUCACUAUCCCAAGCAAGCAAGGGAAGGGUGUAUUACGAAGGGUCGAGGAAGUGCUUGAUUGUUGGUUUGAAUCCGGAAGUAUGCCCUAUGCUUCCCAGCAUUAUCCCUUUGAGAACAAAGAACAUUUUGAGAAGUCGUUCCCGGGUGAUUUCAUCGCGGAAGGCCUUGAUCAGACCCGAGGUUGGUUUUAUACACUCGCUGUCAUUAGCACGCACCUGUACGGAAAGCUGCCAUUCAAGAACUGUGUUGUGAAUGGAAUUGUACUGGCUGAAGACGGCAAAAAAAUGUCAAAGCGAUUGAAAAAUUACCCAGACCCAACUCUCAUUAUGGAUCGCUAUGGGUCUGACCCGCUUCGGCUUUACCUCAUUAACUCUCCAGUCGUUCGCGCAGAGCCCUUAAGAUUCAAGGAAUCAGGUGUCAAAGAAAUUGUCGCCAAAGUUCUGCUCCCCUUGUGGAAUAGUUACAAAUUCUUCGAAGCUCAGGUUGCGCUGCUGAAAAAGAUCGAGGACGUGGAGUAUGUGUUCGAUCCAGCGGCGGAAGCGACCAACACGAAUGUCAUGGAUCGCUGGAUUCUGGCAAGCUGUCAGAGUCUACUCAAAUUUGUCAAUCAAGAAAUGGCUGGGUACCGGCUUUAUACUGUUGUUCCGAGACUACUAGGAUUGAUCGAUAACACCACCAACUGGUACAUUCGGUUCAACCGUAGGAGGCUGAAGGGGGAACUUGGGUUGGACGACACUUUACACGCGUUAAAUACCCUUUUUGAGGUCCUUUAUACCCUAGUCCGCGGCCUCGCACCUUUCACUCCUUUCAUCACCGAUAAUAUAUACCUUCGACUCCUUCCUCAUAUACCAAAAUCCCUUCAAGCCGAGGAUAGCCGCAGCGUCCAUUUCCUAGCUUUCCCUGAGGUUCGUGAAGAACUUUUUGAUGAUGUCAUUGAGAGACAGGUCGGUAGGAUGCAGAAGGUGAUUGAGCUUGGUCGCAUUGCACGUGAACGCAGAAGCAUUGGCCUCAAGUCACCCCUGAAGACGCUCGUUGUGAUCCACCAGGAAAAACAAUAUCUCGAUGAUGUGAGAUCCCUAGAGAACUACAUUCUGGAAGAGCUUAAUAUCCGGGAUCUGGUUCUCUCAUCCGAUGAGGAUAAGUACAAUGUCCAGUACAGUGUCACAGCAGAUUGGCCCACUCUAGGCAAGAAAUUGAAGAAAGAUGCUCAAAAGGUUAAGAAAGCGCUACCAUUGCUCUCAAGUAACGAUGUUAAGCGAUUCGUCACUGACAAGAAGAUGGUGGUUGAUGGCAUUGAGCUUGUCGACGGGGAUCUGGUAAUCAGGCGCGGCUUGAAAGACGACGCAUCUUCCAAAGACUUUGAAACGAAUACAGAUGAUGAUGUACUUAUCAUCCUGGACGCAGUUUUAUACCCUGAGUUAGCUGAGGAAGGUCUAGCAAGGGAAAUCGUGAACCGAGUCCAGCGGCUGCGAAAAAAGGCGGGGUUGGUUCCAACUGACGACGUGGGGAUGGAGUAUCGGGUUCUCUCUGACCCUGACAAUGUCGGCAUCGAGCGCGUUUUCCAGACGCAGUCGAAGGCGAUUGAAAAAGCGCUGCGUAGACCGAUCGACCAACAUAUAGUCACAGAGGUCGAAGGGAGGGCACCCGAAGGCGAGGAAGAGGGGAUCAUUUUAGAAGAAGAGCAAGAGGUACAAAAAGCGACCUUCUUGCUUCGGCUGGUGAAGUUGUAG